AUGCGGAAUACGCAGCAAGGAGGGUGGCGUGAUGCGCUCCGUGUGAACAUUGCUGUGGCGCUGGCACUGCUGCUGUAUGAGAUGUUUGCAGUGAUGGAAUUUAUCAGGCAGAUGAUGGAGGACGAACGAAUUCGCAUCGAAAUACUUUCGCAGUGCAUGGUUGCAUGUGGCACGAUAUGCUUCGUUGCUCUGUGCGCUGGAGAAGGAGGUUGUGCUUGA